UCCCCUGCGCCCCGCCCUCUUCCCCCAUCCCUCCCCGGCGCUUCAUUCCUUCCUAGGGCCAAGGUAAAGACUACGCCAUACCAACUCGAGCGGCGGGGACGCCGGGUCAGUGAGUGAAUGUUCUCUAAUUCCGUCCUGCCCGCGGGCCGCGUGACGGGCAGCGGCCAAUCGGAGGCAAAAGCGCGUUCUUCCAAAAAAAAAAAAAAAAAAAAAAAAAAAAAAAAACCCACCCAGUCGCUUCCUGCUUCCGCCUCGGCUCGCGCUCCUCUUCCUGCCGGCGUCCGGGUGCCCUACGUCCCGCGUCCCCCGAGCGCCCGGAGCCUCCGCGCCCAGCGCUACCCAAGCGCAAUAUCCUGCGCCCCGGAGUCCCCGCGCCUCGGAGCCUGAGCCCCCGCGAGUCCGAGCCCCGCCCAGAGUGCCCGCGCCCCCGCAGCCGGAUCCCCCGCGUCUCCCCGCCGCCACCCCGCGGACAGUACAGCGUUCCGCCCCCGGCCCGCGCCAUGGCCGCCCCCGACCUGUCCACCAACCUCCAGGAGGAGGCCACCUGCGCCAUCUGCCUUGACUACUUCACGGACCCGGUGAUGACCGACUGCGGUCACAACUUCUGCCGCGAGUGCAUCCGGCGCUGCUGGGGCCAGCCCGAGGGCCCGUACGCGUGCCCCGAGUGCCGCGAGCUGUCCCCGCAGAGGAACCUACGGCCCAACCGCCCGCUUGCCAAGAUGGCCGAGAUGGCGCGGCGCCUGCACCCACCGUCGCCCGUCCCGCAGGGCGUGUGUCCCGCGCACCGCGAGCCCCUGGCCGCCUUCUGCGGGGACGAGCUGCGCCUGCUGUGCGCGGCCUGCGAGCGCUCGGGGGAGCACUGGGCGCACCGCGUGCGGCCGCUGCAGGACGCGGCCGAAGACCUCAAGGUAAAGCUGGAGAAGUCACUGGAGCACCUCCGGAAGCAGAUGCAGGAUGCGCUGCUGUUCCAAGCCCAGGCGGAUGAGACCUGCGCCUUGUGGCAGAAGAUGGUGGAAAGCCAGCGGCAGAACGUGCUGGGGGAGUUUGAGCGUCUUCGCCGCUUGCUGGCCGAGGAGGAGCAGCAGCUGCUGCAGAGGCUGGAGGAGGAGGAGCUGGAGGUGCUGCCCCGUCUGCGGGAGGGCGCGGCCCGCCUGGGCCAGCAGAGCGCUCACCUGGCUGAGCUCAUCGCCGAGCUUGAGGGCCGCUGCCGGCUGCCUGCGCUGGGCCUGCUGCAGGACAUCAAGGACGCCCUGCGCAGGGUCCAGGAUGUGAAGCUACAGCCCCCAGAAGUUGUGCCCAUGGAGCUGAGGACUGUGUGCAGGGUCUCGGGACUGGUGGAGACACUGCAGAGGUUUCGAGGUGUGAGCAGUGGCUGGUACAGCCUGCGGAGCUUGGGACAGCACUUGACUCACCGUCGGGGGUUUGUUGUGAAGGACAGCACUCAGAAAGGGGCACAGAGCCUCCCAGCACCUCCUCUCAGAAAGGGCCACAGAGCCUCCCAGCACCUCCACCCGGAAAGGGGCACAGAGCCUCCCAGCACCUCCACGUUUUCAGCCGGAAGCUCCCAGAGCCCCAAGAGCUGUUUAGUGUCUUCAUGGAGGGUCCAUGGCAGGGUUAGGAUUGAUUAAAUCAUUGUCAUUGGUGAUGGGGCUCAACCUCAGGCCCCUUUCCCCUUCCUGAGGUCGGGGCUGGGGCUCAGCGAGGGCUCAGCGAGGGCUCAGCGUUCCCGCCCUCUGCUCACAGGAUCGGUCCUUCUGGUGGCUGGCCCUCUGCUGGGUUUUCUUGGGUCCCCACCUCAGCCACUGUAGUGGUGUCAACUCCUCAGGUGUGAUGGAAAGGAGCGUCUUACAAUAACAGGAGGUGCUCCUGUCACUCAGGGUUCUGUGAGCUCCGGGCCAGGAAUUGGGGACAAAACCCGCAUCUGUUUCUUGUAUCCCAGUUGCCCAGAGAAAGUCCUGUCCUCAGCCCUUGCCUGUCGUGGGAGCUGUGUGCAGGCCUCCAGAGGUGGAGAGACCUGAAAUCUGGGCAUGGUCAGGGUUGGACAGCCACCCUAAUUCACGUCCUUCACUUGGGGAUUGAAAGAAAGAAUGGGCUGGGUGCAAUAGCUCACAUCUGUAAUCCCAGCACUUUGAGAGGCUCAUGUGGGAGGAUUGCUUGAGGCCAGCAGUUCAAGACCAGCCUAGGAAACAUAGCAAGACUCCCAUCUCUACAAAUAAAAAACUAAAAAAUGAGCCAGCCAUGGUGGCACACACCUGUAAUCCCAGCAACUGGGGAGGCUGAGGCAGGAGGAUCGUUGGAGCGCAGGAGGUCGAGGCUGCAGUGAGCCAUGAUUUCACCACUGCACUGCAGCCUGGGGUCAUAGAGCAAGACCAUGCCUCUUUAAAAAAACAAAAGAAAGCAACCGGCCAGGUGCAGUGGCUCACACCUGUAAUCCCAGCACUUUCAGGGCUGAGGCUGAGACGGGCAGAUCACCUGAGGUCAGGAGUUUGAGACCAGCCUGACCAAAGUGGAGAAACCCCGUCUCUACUAAAAAUAUACAAAAUUAGCUGGGCGUGGUAGCGCAUGCCUGUAAUCCCAGCUACUCGGGAGGCUGAGGCAGGAGAAUGGCUUGAACCCGGGAGGUGGAGGUUGUGGUGAGCCGAGAUCGUAGCACUGCACUCCAGCCUGGGUAACAAGAGCAAAACUCCAUCUCAGAAAAAAAAGCAACCAAGAUUUCCUCUUGACCUCUGGAGGCAAAACAUGGUCCAAUUUCUAGGACAUUGUAAGUUGCAACUGGACGUGGUUAGGUGGGUUUUUUCUGGGGAGGGGGUGUCUGCCUGGACAGUAAGUUGCUCCAGAAGUGGUGAGGAUACAGGACCCUGGGGCAGACAGCCGAGGCUGUCCGGCUGGGACGACCCUACGCACACACCCAGGACCCGGGCAGGUGGCCCCAGCUGGCCCUUGGCUGUGCCUGGGUGACCUUGGGCCUCUCU